AUGACAGAUGACCCCGUUCGCCAGCCUGACGGUCCGCUCGAGCAUCAGGCGACUGCGAAACGACAAAAAGUCAGAUCAGACUCUCAGCUGUUUCCGGACCAGGCCCGACCGCCUCUAUCUCAUCAUCAUCAAAUGCAAAAUCUGAUGAACCGGUCCCAGUCUUACCAGCUACAGGACUCGGUUGGCUGGUCAUCUGAACAGCAAUUUCAACCGAACCCAAGUCACAUGGGACAUCCGAACCCGAAUCAGAACCGAGAAUACAUGUUCGACCUGUUCCCACCGAAUGUACAAGGAGCUGCUUUCCUGCAGCAACCGCAGGCGCAACCUCAUCUCCAACAAUCAAUGAUUCCGACCACUCAGCCUCCCUACGCUCCUUCUCCUCGACAACACCCUCCUCUCUCUCAUCCUCCGGAUCGAUCUUUACCCUCCUUGAGCUUUGGGCAAAAUCGCAAUUACAACUACGAUCCUCGGCCGGUUCAGUAUCAUCAGCUGCCGAGAUGUCAUUGUGGACAUCAAUGUCCUCCCGUUCCUAUCCCGGUCCUUCAACUCGACCAGCAGGGCUACUAUGGAUCUCCGCAACAUCCGCAGCAACGGCACCAACCGAUCUUCUACCCUCAACCUACGGCGCCUGGCGCUCGGCAUAAUCCCCAAGACCGUCACGAUGGCCUCGCUCGACCAGGGUCUCAUCCUCCGCCUCCCGCCUCUGUCACCCGCCAGAACACCCCAAACGACGCGUUGUUUAGGCUUCCUCCACCUCCGGUACUCAAUCAGGAAGUUCGCGAUGGACCCGAUGUUCGUGAUCACAGUAACACUCAGACCCGGACGGACGCCAAGGUCCCAACCCAGACCGAUGUUCAGACCCAGCCUUUGACGCAGCCCGCGCAAUACAAUGUGGGAUCCGAGAAGGAGCAGAAUUCCGAGGACGGUAGACAACUCCGCAAGAAGAUAGGUUCGAACGAGAAAGGACAGGCGGUGGAGUCAGUUACUAAGAGGUCGAGUUCCGCUGCGGCGGCGUUGGCAACUGGAACCCUUGACAGCUCUAAAGUCCAGACGAAUGCUAAAAAGCCAAGAUCGGGAAAGACGAGAAGAGUGUCAGAGGGGAAGAACGAGAAGAGGUCGACCGGUUUACCGGAGCAGGACAACCCGGGUAUGGAUGCCAUGCCAUCUGGUCCGGCUUCGUUACCGGGUCCAGCUCUGGGGACAACGGCGCGGCAAGACGUGGUUAACACGAACGAACUUGAAAAAGACCCUAAGAAUCUCGCUCCUAGUCUCGCAUAA